UUAGAGGAUUUAGCAUUAAGCAAAACAAUCUGUUAGAAGAGAAGGAUGGCUUCCUUUUCAUUGAUAAGACUCUGUCUUCUUUCUCUUACACAUGCAACAGUUGGACUUCAGUCAUUUGAUAAUGUGGUUAUGUUUGCCUUACUAGGAGAAGGCAUUACUUUACCAUGUGGCAUACCCUCAAUCACAUCCUGCUCCUCUGUUAACUGGAACUUAGCUGGAGAGUUUCGAACAGUCACGGAGGUGGUGAAGGCUGGAAUGGUGACAGCCCCGAACGCCCUCAGGCUUGGUCUGCUAAAGGACUGCUCUCUGAAGAUUAAUCGCCUGGUACUCGAUGAUGCACGAAUUUACUCUUGUAACAGUGGACUGCUCAAUUCAAAUGUUUCUCUUCAGAUUCUUGCAAUUGCUGAGCGUUCAACUCCUGCAGACAGCACAAUAGAACUUCAGUGUUUCCUCAAUACGUAUAAAGGAUAUGUUGCUUGUAGCAACACAGGGAUACAUAUCAAGUGGAGCACUGAAGAUAAUACACCAAUACAUGGGGAUAGAUUUCAGUUCAAACAUGAAUCUGAAUGCUUCUCCAAACUGAUUAUCACUAAAAAACUGACAGACCAUCACAGAAAAUGGAAAUGCCAGCUGACUCAUAAUGACAUGGUUCAAGCCACCAUCACUUAUACAACAACAAUACAAGAUGGCACAGAGGAAGUGUUUACAGCAGUGGGUGAGUCAGUGUCACUCUCUUGUAGCAACACUUCCUCUCUCAGCAUGAGUGGCCUCGUGAAGUGGUCUGUGGGUGAAAGGACUCUGGCAGAUGAUGUCUCACCUUAUAAAGGCCAAACGGAGGCAUUGCAUGUGAAAAAAGACUAUUCUCUGGUCAUUAGCAAAGUAAAGCCUCUGCACACCGGGGACUACCAGUGUACAGAGUUCACUGAUCAACAAAAAGUGUUUAAUAAAAUCCGGCUGCAUACCCUCGAUGUUACUUCAGAGCACGGGCCAGGAGAUGAUAAUCUCACUUUGACUUGUGUGCUUACCUGCACUAAAGAUUGUGGAAAAGACUUCAAUUUAACUUGGUCUGGAGGAAGCCACAAUAGCUGGCAGAGUGGUUUAAUGCAUGACAAUAACACUCUAAUAAACAGGUUGUUUCUGCCAGUGUUUUCAAUGACUGAUGAAAUAACUUGCUUUGUGCAAAGAGAGGGUGAAGUCAUGGCAUCAAAGAAAUGGCGCAUCAUUAAUCCUCUGCAAACACCUGCUUGGGUAGUCCUUCCUAUAGCCCUGCUGAUAUGUUUAACUGCUGGAGGACUCUACAUGUACAUGAAGAGGAAGCACAACAAGGAUGCAGGAAAUGAACAGUCAAAUAUUAGAAUGAUGCAUGUUUACGAGGUCAUUCAGGAUGCAACUAAUGAGGAACUACACCAGCAAACACAAACCAAAAGAGGAGCUGAGAACACCACUGGCAGUUUCUAUGAUUUAUUACAGGCUGUGAACUAGAACUUAAUAAAAGUGUCCUUUAACCUUGCAAAAUGUGUUUCACAAAACCUGUUUUAAAAGGUAAUAUUUUCUUGUAACAGAACACUGGAAAUUGGAUAAAAGAUUUUAUUGAAA